GACGGAGAAUAUUAUUAGAUUUAGGGGUAAAACCGAGAAUGCACCACAGCAGAAUAUCUUUCUUAACAAGAGACAAAGCAGAAAGAUCGAGAAUUCUAAAGAGAAGGGCAGAGAGAGAUACUCUGCUAGGGUUUUUCACCACCGCUCACACUCAUAGGAAAAUCUCACAACACUCACUGGAACGACGAAGCACAGCGCAAGGAAAACAGAUAUACUCUCAAAAGAGAAGAAAACUUUACAGAAAUGAAAGGAGACAAUUUCUACGGAAGAGAGUCUUCAAAGGAAGAGAAAGAAAAUAAGGUGAAAGAUAAGGAGAAGGAAGAAGAUAUGUUCACUAAGUUACCUAAGGAAAUUAUUCUACACAUCCUUUCUUUUUUGGAUGCGAAAAUUGCAGUUCAAACAUCAGUUCUGAACAAACGGUUUAGGUAUCUUUGGGCUGCCCUGCCCGUUAUUAACUUCGAUGAGGCAUUAUACCAAGAUGCUAUAUCUUUCGAGGAUUUUGUAUAUAGUUUUUUGUUUUACAGAUAUAAUUCCACUAAUGUUUUCAAUGUUAAUUUAAAGUGUCACAAAGACCAUCUACCCAUCCUACGUGAUAAUGCUGUGGUAUAUUACAUCAUUUACCAUGUUAUUGAUACACCAUCCAUCGCCACUAACAUUCAGGUACUUACAAUCUUUGCUGAUUGUCAUGUUAAUAUCCUUCCUAAACUCUCUGUAUGUACCUCUCUCACCACUCUCAAACUUUCUUACAUGCUCAGUCUGACCAAAAAUUUCGAUAUCCCUUCUCUUAAACACCUAUACCUCUGCUGUUGUCGAUUUGUGGUUGGAAGGGAAAACUCUUUUGAUCAAUUUAAGGGUUGUGUUAAUUUGGAAUCUUUACAUAUUGAUAGAUGUACAUACCAUAAUGAAAUCAAUACCUUCAAAAUCUCUACCCCCAACCUUCUAGACUUAAAUAUAUCACGUUUUCUUGUGGAUGGGUUUGAUGAAGAUUACUGUGUCUUUGAGCUUCAAACACCAAGGCUUCGAUAUUUUAAAUAUGAUGGUUAUCAUUUAUAUUGUUUUUCCACUGAGAUCAAUCUUCUCUUUGUGGAGGAACUAUAUAUUGAUGUAGGUUGGUUGCCUAAAGAUAUCUGUUCCUUAUAUACUCUGAUUGAACUAUUUGAAAUCAUGCAAAGGGCAAAAUCUAUAUCUUUGUCAUCCAAAAUUAUUGAUGUUUUGUCUAUGUUUCCUGAUGAAUUAGAGGAUAAAUGUUCUCCUUUCACUAGAAUGCAAACUUUUGAGUUAAUAUGUGACUCAUCUUCCUCCUCUGCCAUGCCUCAGGACGUAAAAAAAUAUUUAUUUGGUGAAGACAACUCUUCUUUCACUCCAUAGACUGAGGGUUGAAAAAUCUGUGUUCAAAAUUGAAAAGAAAGUGGAUGAGCUUAUUAAGAACUAUAUUAACAGUGCUUCUUCAAAAGAAGAGUCUAAUGAUGAUGAGUCAACUGAGGAGGAUACUAUGAAAAUGUCUGAAUCAGAAUAGGAGUUUAAAGUCUUUGUCAUGUCUGUUUUGAUGGUUUUCUAUUUUGAAAAAAUUAAAAAAAUGUAAAAGUUGGCUAUUAAGCCAUUUAUGUUUGAA